AUGGGUCAGCUAGUGCGUGCGGUGGCCGCGAGCCGCAAAUCGUCGGAGCUAUUCAAGACGCUGCGCGCGGUGCGCGUGGAGCUGAAUCCUUUCGAUCACCGGUCGACGACGGCGCGGGAGUUUCUGCGGCGCGUGCGGUCGCCGGCGGUGCGCGAGGCGAACGCGAAGCUGAAGGUGGACGUGCAUCUGAUCGAGGAGUACGGGCGCGCGACGAUCGGGUUGGAGUACGCGUGUGGCGCGGUGGAGCGGGGACGAGCGCAACCCGUUCGACGCGGUGCGCGAAGCGCGUGCCAGACGGCUCGGGCUGUGACGCGGAGCAUCACGCGUGACAGUGCAUCUCGGCCGGUGGCGCGCGUCUUCCUCUUUCCCGCGUGCCACAGCAAAGGAUGA